GCGGUGUUUCUGUGUAAGCUUGUUCUAUCCAUCCUCUUUCUUAGUCCACGAGAAAGAGGCGGCGGGGUCACUUUUCGAGCGCAUCUAACGCGCAGCGUUUCACUGAUGUCCACCAAACCGGCGAAGACAUGUUUCAGGAGAUAAUAAUCCCUGUUUGAUUUGGAUGCCGUGCCGAGUUACCGUGAAGUCGGCUGGACAUGAACUCUGAAGGUACACGUCGAUCUCAAAGCAUUCAUGGUAAGAGUCGGCGCGUCUCCUUCUCCUUUUCCCAUCCACGUGAGAAGUUUGACCGGAGCUGGCUGAACGGAGGAUACCUGUGUGUUCCGAUCGGCUGUUUGAUCUUUGUGGCUCCAGCAACUGGACUGGUUGUUUCACAGGACACUGAGGGUUGCAUGCAUCAGUGCCAAGAAAUUGCAUUACGUGGGAGACUUCUGCUAAGAAGACACAGAGACGUUUUAGGAGGAUGGCAGCUGAGCAAGGACGCACACAGCGGAACGGACGCAGUGACGCUUCGGCCAGAGAACCACGCUCCUCUACCUGCACCAGCCUGAAGAUGUUUCUGGUGGCUUUGUCCUUUGCCUAUUUUGCAAAGGCUCUGUCGGGGAGCUACAUGAAGAGUACAAUAACUCAGCUGGAGAGACGCUUUGACAUCCCUAGUUACCUAAUAGGUGUCAUUGACGGGAGCUUCGAGAUAGGUAACCUGCUGGUGAUAGCUUUCGUCAGCUACUUUGGGGCCAAGCUCCAUCGGCCAAAGAUCAUUGCAGUAGGUUGUGUGCUGAUGUCCAUUGGCACCUUCAUCAUCGCUCUGCCUCACUUCAUCAUCGGACGCUAUGAAUUUGAAACAUCUGUGCGGUGGGUAGUGAACUCAACACUAAACCCCUCUCCUUGUCCGGUGGGCUCACCAGCAGACGUGGCCCAAGGUGGUAAAAUGCCUGUAGUGCCAGCCACAAGUUGUGAAAGCGAGUCCAACCUGUCAAUGUGGAUCUAUGUGCUCCUGGGGAAUGUCUUGCGGGGGAUUGGAGAGACGCCUGUUCAGCCACUUGGGAUCUCUUAUAUAGAUGAUUUCGCUACUGAGGAGAACGCUGCGCUAUAUGUUGGCUGUGUGCAGACCAUCUCAGUGGUUGGCCCUGUGUUUGGCUACCUUUUGGGCUCCCUUUGUGCCAAAAUCUAUGUGGACAUUGGAUUUGUAAAAAUGGAAACUAUCACCAUCACCCCAGCAGAUGCCCGCUGGGUGGGGGCCUGGUGGCUGGGCUACCUCGUAGCUGGGGUCAUCACCCUGCUCUCUGCCAUCCCAUUCUGGUUUCUGCCCCGCUCCCUGCCCAUGUCUGGGCCCCGGGGCCCAGAAAAGUGCACAGCGGAGCAGACAAGUUUCAUUAAAGACUCCCCUCUUUUAAAGCACAAGUAUCCUGCAGAUGACAAUACUAGUUUCAUAGAGAUGGCCAAAGACUUUAUUCCAACCCUGCGAACUCUGCUGGCACAUCCUGUGUAUUUGAUCUACCUGUGUGUGACAAUCAUUCAGCUGAACUCCCUCAUUGGCAUGGUCACCUACAAGCCCAAGUACAUCGAGCAGCACUUCAGGCAGUCUGCCUCAAAGGCCAACUUUCUGAUGGGUGUGAUCAAUAUCCCAGCUGUGGCACUGGGGAUGUUUUCUGGAGGUUUACUGAUGAAGAGGCUGAAGCUGAAUAUCAUGGGAGCAGCCAGGUUUGCCUUUGGUACAUCUCUGAUCGGUUACUUCCUGUCACUGUUCUUCUUCGCAAUGAGCUGCGAGAAUGCCAAGGUAGCUGGGGUGACACUUUCAUAUGACAGCGUGGAUACGAUAUCUUACGAUAAACACUCGGUGUUCACAGCCUGCAACUCAAACUGUUUUUGUUCAGCGAGUGACUGGGACCCGGUCUGUGGAGAGAAUGGUAUCACAUAUGUUUCUCCCUGUCUUGCCGGCUGCACCAGUUCUACUGGCUCAGGAAAAAGCACAGUCUUCUCUAACUGUAGCUGUGUCGGUGUUGCUGGUAACUUUACGGCCAGUACAGGUCAGUGCCCUCACGCGGACGACUGUGACAGGAUGUUCCGGUACUUCCUGGCUCUCUCUGUCGUCACUUCCUUUAUCAUCUCCCUCGGGGGGACACCAGGCUACAUGCUUCUCAUCAGGUGCAUCAAACCACAGCUAAAAUCUUUGGCCUUGGGUUUCCAUGCUCUGGCAACACGCACCCUUGCGGGGAUCCCAGCACCCAUCUACUUUGGAGCAAUCAUUGACACCACAUGUCUAAAAUGGGGUCAGAAGAGGUGUGGAGGCAUAGGAGCCUGUAGAAUCUACAACACCACCGCCUACAGGAUAGCAUACCUGGGUCUGACUCUGAGCCUGCGGACUAUCUCGUUCAUUAUUUGCAUCCCGGGCUUCAUUCUGCUCAGCCGACAGCUGAAGAGGGAAGAAAGAAAUGGCAUCCACAGAGCUCUGGCCAAUGGCGGGACGGAGCUGGAGGCACUCAGGAAGGAAGAGAUUGUGAUUUCUAAUUCCGACCAAUCACAACAAACGUCAGACAACAGCACAGACAGGGAGACGCGGCUGUGACAGAUCCAGCAGAAUGGACCCUACUUGUCUCCUUCACACACACACACACACACACACACACACACACACACACACACACACACACACACACACACACACACACACACACACACACACACACACACACACACACAUACAAACCACAGAUGAACAAAUACAACCACACACAUACGUAUACACCCACAGUAUGUACAGAGUGCUACUGUACACAUGCACACAAAAAUGAGAUUUGCAGGGAAUCACAUGUUGUAUCCGAUCAUCUCAUAUAAAGCAUAAAUUCUAUAUUUGUACUACUGGACUACUGGCUUUGUGAAUUUGACAGGAAUUUGAUAUAACUAAAAUAUUUCUUGAAUGUACAUGCUGUUUUUCCUUAUAAAGAAAAGUAUAAGAAUAUUUUUCUGUUUUAAUGGUGGCACAAGAGAUUAGAUGGGAAAUGUGACUUGUACAGACUACUACAAAAGCAGUGUAAUUCUAAAAACCAGCACUUAUAAAGCUGCCUCUUUGGAUUUUUUUUUCUUUCUAAUGAAGUUUUUCUUCCUGACAUCACUGUUCCUGAACAGAAGAGAAUGAGUUUGAUUAGGCCUUCAAAGAGACAGGAAGUGAGGAUUUUCUUUUUCAGGAUUUUAAAGAAAAAAAGGAAACACAGGUUGCUGUGGAAAUAUGUGUUUGAACAUGUAUUUCAGUAAGCUUUCGAGGGCUUCAGCAGUUGUUGAUUUGACGUAUGUGCCUCAUUCACUCAACAGUUACCUCUAAAUCAUGUUUGUCUCAUCUGUCUUGCAGAUAUUUAAGAGCAAGUUUGUAACAUUUUGAACAUAUAUCUGAAUACUAUUCCAUUUUGCUUUUAAAUUUCAGACUGAAUGUACGUCUUUACACUAAUUUAGAAAGAAAAGUUUCAUUUCUGAAAACUUUUGUCUUUUACUUUAAGCCCAAAGUCAGGUCUGAUUGUACUGCAGUUUGUGUUGUGUGCUUUCUGGAUGUUAACUUGUUUCUUUGGUAUUCAUAGUCACUAAAAAUGGAUUUUUAGUAAGAUCUGCUUACCUGUUAGUCUAGUGGAAGCUGCUCUGAUUUCAAUAUGGAUGACGUGCACUAGGAGGCAGUAACAUGUUUUUAUACUCUCAAACUAGCACCAGCCCCAUGAAACUGGUAUCUAAUAUUUAUCUAUCUAUAUCUGGUAUUACUGAGGAGAAAAUGUUUUAAUCAAGACUACACAGCACACUAAAGUUUAGACUGAAUUUUCUCAGAAUAUCUCAAUGCAUCUCAGCAGGCUCUGGUAAUAAACAUCCAUUCUUGUGUGAAGGUGGCUGAGGUGAAUGCUUGCUCUUUUGGUUGCCAUGUGUUUGGUAAUUUGUACUGCUGCAACAUUUACAAAAUACACUGUAUGAGUCUCAGUCUUUAAGAAAACAACUCCACUAUGUGUGAAGUAUCACCACAGGAAAUGUGCAUUUGUGUUACAGUUGUGUAUAAGCUCUGUUUCCAUGUGUCCAGCUAUUGCUAUAUGUUGUGUCACUGGUUGGUUCGUAUUUAGGUUAUGUUGGUUUUUUUUUGGGUGUUGGGUGCACAUGCAUCAACUCCUGUGCCAAAACCCACAAACAGAAACAUCACGGUCUGUUCUCAGGUUUUUUCCUAUUGAUUUUAUUCUCAUAAACACAGCUUCAUCCCAAAAUCAGAACCCAUUCGCUUGAAGUCUGUCGAAAUAAUUCCUCAAAACAAAUCAGCUAGCUACUGUUAUCUCAAGAAAGUUUAAACAAAAUAAUACUUUUGUCUUUGUAAAUGUAUAGCGUAUUAUCAUUUUGUAAGACUUUUAUUGCCUAAAUGAAUAUUUACCAUGCUGGCAACUUGCAGCAUGUGGUGACUGUAUCGUAUUUUGAAUUCAGGUUCAGUUUUAGGCACAGGUGGCCAAGUACAGACUCAGAGAGGAGCAGCAAGAGGUAUACAGGAAGGAAGUCACUAUCUCAGUAAUGUAAGGAAGGCAUUUACUUGCAUUAAAGAAAUCAGAAUGUAAAUCAUUUUCUGGGAUUAUUUUUGUAAAAUUUCAAAGGACAUCUUAAAUGUUACACUAAAAAUAAAACUUUUAAUAUCCAAUCAAACAA